AGACCGAGAUAUUAGCUGCAAGCCCGACUCGACCAGAUUGGACGUGGGCUAAAGUUUCCAAACAGGGAUAAACCCUAAACCCUAGCAUCCCUCCUUGCUGCAGAUAUAAAUUUCGUAUGUGUAUCUAAUUCAGAAAGUAAAAAUAAUAAUAAUAAAAUUGCCAUGGGGAAGGGGAAGGGGAAGGGCAAGCAGCGGAAGCAGAUAAUUCUGCCGCCGGAACUCCCACCAGAAAUAGCAGAUGAUGAUAUUGAAGUCUCUGACGAGGACCUUCAAUUCGUGGAUGAAAACAAAGACUACGCUGGCUUCGUCUCUCGCUUGGACACUCAUUCUAUUAACAAGCAAGUCACUCGGGUGGAGGGUGUGAAUGAAGAUGCUUUGGAGGCUUUGUAUGAGAAACGAAGAAGGAAGACAUUGGAGCAGAAAGAGAAUGAGAAAAGUGUUGUUCAAGUUGACCCUGUUGAUGCCCUUCCUGUCAAGAGUUUGGAUGGAGAAGUCUACUACCGUACAUUUUCCCAGACAGCAGAAGUGACUGAAAAUGAAGGAGACGUUGAUAAGAGCGUAGUUAAGCUGACGAAAGCUGAAAGGAGAGCAAAGCUUAAAAAAACAAAGAAAGAGGCCAAGAAAAUGGGGAAGGAAUUGGCUAAAACUGAAGAAGUGCAACCAACUCAACAAGAAGCUGCACUAGCAGAGGUAAAAGAAGACCUCACGGCUGAGGAAGCAUUUGAAGCCAAAAAGCGUAAGCUAGCUGAGCUUGGAAUGGCACUACUUGCAGACCCAGAGGCAAACAUUAAGUCUCUGAAAGAUAUUUUGCAAUUUGCCAAAGAUGGUGAUCACUCAAUUGUAAAGCUUGGACUGCUGUCCUUGUUGGCUGUCUUCAAAGACAUUAUUCCAGGCUAUCGGAUUAGGCUACCUACUGAAAAAGAGCUAGAAAUGAAAGUUUCCAAGGAAGUUAAGAAAAUGCGAUUCUAUGAAUCAACACUUCUUUCUGCUUACAAGGGAUACCUGCAGAAGUUGUUAGCAUUAGAAAAGCAGCCCAGGUUUCAUCAUGUUGUGGUUCGUUGUAUUUGUACUUUGCUUGAUGCUGUUCCUCACUUCAACUUCAGAGAAAGCUUGUUAGUAGCUGUUGUCAGAAACAUAGGCUCCUCAGAUGAUGUUGUAAGGAGAAUUUGUUGUUCAACAAUUAAGUCACUUUUUACCAGUGAGGGGAAACAUGGUGGUGAAGCUACUGUUGAGGCUGUUCGGUUGAUUGCAGAUCACGUCAAGGUUCAUGACUGUCAAUUGCAUCCUGAUUCUGUUGAGGUUUUAAUGUCUUUGUCAUUUGAUGAUGAUCUUGGGAAGCCUGAAGUUCAAGAAGGUAAUAACAAAAUGAAGAACAAGAAAAAUAAAAAGAGAAAGAAUUUUGAGGAGUCAAAUCAGCCUCAAGGAAAUGACAGAAAGAGAAGUAAGCAAGAGACUAUAGCUAAGAUGAAGGAAGAGGUUGCUGCAGACUAUAAAGCUGUUUCCUAUACUCCAGAUGUUGAGGAACGGAAGAGGAUGCAAUCUGAGACACUUUCUGCUGUAUUUGAGACAUAUUUCCGCAUCUUGAGGCAUACCAUGCAAUCUUCUGUAGCCAGUUCUGAAGCAAAUGGUAAUAUAACUUCUGGUGGGUCUGGGGCACAUCCUCUUCUAGCUCCUUGUUUAAGUGGUUUGGGAAAGUUUUCUCAUCUGAUCGACAUGGAUUACAUUGGAGAUCUUAUGAAUUAUUUGAAAAGGCUUGCUGCUAGAGGUAGCAGCUCAGAUAGUUCUGCCCAGAAAGUGCAAAAUUUGACUGUGUCUGAGCGCCUUCGCUGCUGCAUUGUUGCUUUUAAAGUUAUGAGGGGCAAUCUUGAUGCUUUGAAUGUUGAUUUACAAGAUUUUUUUGUCCAGCUUUACAAUCUUGUACUUGAAUUCAGGCCUGGAAGAGAUGAAGGUGAAGUUUUAGCUGAGGCUCUUAAGAUAAUGCUAUGUGAUGAUAGGCAACAUGACAUGCAAAAGGCAGCUGCAUUCAUAAAACGCUUAGCCACAUUCGCUUUGUGCUUUGGAUCUGCUGAAUCCAUGGCUGCAUUGGUAACAUUAAAACAGCUUCUUCAGAGAAAUGUGAAGUGCCGAAACCUAUUAGAAAAUGAUGCUGGUGGUGGCUCUGUGUCAGGAUCUAUUGCUAAAUACCAACCAUAUGGCUCAGAUCCCAGCUUAAGUGGUGCACUUGCUUCGGUACUUUGGGAACUAAAUCUUCUAUCUAAACACUAUCAUCCGGCCAUUUCAACACUGGCAUCAGGCAUCUCAAGCAUGAAUUCUGCACAGAACCAGGUUUAUAUCUCCAUUUCUCCUCAACAAGCUUUUAAGAACUUGUUGCUGGAAGCGGGGUCAUUCGAGUACAACCAACAGGGCGGUACACAGAAGUCAAAUAAGAGGAAAGGCAGAAGCACUGCACUUGCCUCAACAUUGGCUAGUGUUGAACCUCCUCCGGUAGAUGAAAAUGAGGUGAGCAAGAAGCUCAGAAGGCAUUUCAUUCUUCUUUGGGACAUUAAAGAGAACGAGAGAUUAAGGGGUGAGUUGGAUCGGACAACAUCAGCCCUACAGUUAUAUGAAGAAUACAAGAAGCAACGGAAGCCAGCCACUCUGAAAAACAAGAAAAGCAAAAAAGCAAGAACGACGGUUGGGAUGUGAAAUAUGCAGAGGGAGUGUUUUGCCAUUGAAUUCACUUCAUUUUUGGAAGUUGGCGUCUGUUAAUGCUGUUAAUUAUUUCAAUUUAGGUUUUAGGUUUUAAGUGCAUCCAUCAUGAUUUUUAUUUCAAUGAGUAUAAUUUUUUUUUUUUGAAAAUAUUGCAAUAUUUAGGCUGUAGGAAAGGAUAUAAUGCCAUAAAAAUAUUGGAGGAAGGGCUGGUUUUCCAUUUUUCUAAAUUUGGUAGCGAUUGAGGAGUUAGCCCAAGUCUAUAGCUAUAGACCUGACUUUGGGGGUCAAUUUUGGGGAUUUAUAGUUAUAGACCUGACUUUGGGUUGGGCUUUAUUA